GAAAUCGUACCACCUUCCACCCAUCAAUGCGAGCGGCGCAACUUGGUAGACCGUGAAGGCGCAACUAAUUUCGAUUAUGGCCCAGUGUCAUUAUACAUAUCGGAAUUUAAGAGACUGGCUGUCGAUCCUGGGACGCCGCUCAAGACAACUCAAUCUCCGAUCUUUACUCUAAGCUGAAUAUAGAAGUUAGAACAAUGACGACCAACCCUCCCGUUCCUGAUGACAGAGGAACGGGGAGAUAAGUAGCAUCAAAGUAGCAUCGAAUCUCGUCGCAAGUACUUUUUGGAAUGUGAAGUCAACGUGAAGUCUGCAUAAACAUCUGAUGGAGGAAAAAAACGUUAGGUGUCUGCUGUGGGAGCCACCUGCGUCACCCAGAGGUGACUUCAAUUGAACCAUCACAGACAUCUUUGAUCUGACGGAAGUCUCUCAUUACACCUUCAACUGCACGCCCUUGCCCGCUAUAAAACGCUUCGACUCGUGAGGCGUGUUUUCCCAAGGACUCCACCUAGCUCCACUUCAACAUGGGACUGAUAGAUUUCGUUGGUCCUGAAAGUUAAGUACAAGCACAACUAGGGGCCAGAAAUUGGACCAGAAAAACUCGCCUGUUCUAGUACUUUAUAUUGCUCAUCAUGUUGUUCAACAAAUUCUUUGCUCUCUCUGCUCUCACUACCCUUGCUGCCGCCACUGCCGUCCCACGAAACGGUGGUGGAGGUGAUAGCGGUACCCAAUGUUGCCAACAAGUUACCCAGGCCAGCGAUCCCGCCGUUGCCGUUAUCCUCAAGUCGAUCGGUGUCGUCUUGCAGAACCUCGAUGUCCUCGUUGGCCUCGACUGCAGCCCUAUCACCGUCAUUGGCAGUAACAACGGUGCAUGCGCUGAUGGAAGUAACACCGUCAAUUGCGACGACAACAGCCAUGGCACUCUCAUUAGCAUCGGCUGCGUUCCUGUCUCCGUUUGAACGCUGGUUGGUUAGGCGGUCCGUCAGGGCCCAUGUCAAGUUUAUGGCUCGGACUAAGC